CUCUGGCUGCCUUGGGGGCCUCCUGGAAUUUGAGGUGAUGGGUCAGAAGGGAAUGAGAAGGUAAACUGUAUCCGUCCAAACUGGGGCUGUGGCCGUUGGCUUCUCUUUCUCAUUGUGGCCUGAGUGGACGUUCCUGGAGCUCUGUAGGGUGAGCGGAUCCGUCAUGGGAGGUGUUUGGAACAGGAGGCUUGGGAUGGGAAGAGGUGGGGGACAGACCCUGGGAAUUGGCUCAGGGUGCCUGUAGUCUCUGCCUGUGUGCACCUAACUCUGGGUCAGGCGAUCCCAGGGUCCCGGAUGUGAGGGUUCUUUGUGGURGAGACUGUGCCUGGCAGAGGGCUGAGAGCAAGGGAUUUGGAGCUAGGCUGAGCCAAAGGGAGUGUUUCUCCCACUUGGGCAGAUUAAUCCUCUAAUCCUUUGUUUCCCUGUCUGUAAAAUGGAAUUUGUACCCUGUGGAGUGGCUGAGAGGAUUCAAUGAGAGAACAGUAUCYGUUGCUAACGUCGGGUCUGCUGGGUUUCCACCUUGAGCAUCGUUUCACAGUCUGCACUCUGCCCAGUGAGCUGCACACAGUAGGACCACAGGGAGGCUCUGACAAUUACCUGGCCAUCUUAGGCUCAGCCUCAGGUUUGAAGUUGAAACGCAAACAGGAAAAGCCCUUUAAAAAGCACACAGACCUUGGUGACAGAAGACAAAGAUCCCAUUGGCCCUUCCAGCUGCCCUGGCCACCAACCCCUCCUUCACAGGGGGGUCCUGCAACUCCCAGGUGGUGCGUGUUGGAAUGGACUUCAGACCCCAGCCUCUUGGGAUGCAAAGGAUGAAGUGACACCCCAUCAGCAUCUGAGGCACCUCUAGGACCCGUUAGGAGAGUUUGGGACCAAGGAGCGGAGAAUGGAUCUUGGAACAGCUGAAGGCACCCGGUGCACUGACCCACCUGCAGGCAAACCGGCCAUGGCGGCCAAGCGCAAAGGCGGCCUCAAGCUCAACGCCAUCUGUGCCAAGCUGAGUCGCCAAGUGGUGGUGGAGAAGGGAGCAGAGGCUGGCUCCCAGGCGGAGGACAGCCCGCUGMGGCCCCGGGACAAAGAGCGCAGUGGCCCUGAGUCUGGGGUGGCUCGGGCCCCACGCAGUGAAGAAGACAAGAGGCGGGCRGUGAUUGAGAAGUGGGUCAAUGGGGAGUACAGCGAGGAGCCGGCACCUGCACCCGUGCUGGGGCGGAUCACCCGCGAGGGCCUGGAGCUGCCUCCCGAGGGUGUCUACAUGGUCCAGCCCCAGGGCUGCAGCGAUGAGGAAGACCACGCCGAAGAGCCCUCCAAGGAUGGCAGUGUCCCAGAGAAGGACUCAGAUGGGGCAGCCUCAAAGGACGACAGUAGCCCCGGCAUCAAGCAGGCUUCAGGAGAGGCCUCCUCGCUAAGGGACUAUGCGGCCUCCACCAUGACCGAGUUCCUGGGCAUGUUUGGCUAUGAUGACCAGAACACGAGGGAUGAACUGGCCAGGAAGAUUAGCUUSGAGAAGCUGCAUGCGGGCUCCCCCCCUGAGGCGACCCCCUCUUCCAUGUUACCCACCUCUGAGGAAAGCCUCAGCAAGCGGGCGCGCUUCUCCAAGUAUGAGGAGUACAUCCGCAAGCUCAAGGCCGGCGAGCAGCUCUCCUGGCCAGCCCAUGGCACCAAGGCUGAGGAGCGGGCAGGCAAGGAGAUGGUGGGCCCUCUGCCCAGCCUGCGGCUGCCCAGCAACACCACCCACCUGGAGACCAAGGCCACCAUCUUGCCCCUGCCAUCACACAGCAGUGUCCAAAUGCAGAACCUGGUGGCCCGGGCCUCCAAGUAUGAUUUUUUCAUUCAAAAACUGAAGACCGGUGAGAACCUGCGCCCUCAGAAUGGGAGUGCCUACAAGAAGCCGUCCAAGUAUGACCUGGAGAACGUCAAGUACCUGCACCUCUUCAAACCCGGGGAGGGCAGCCCCGACAUGGGCGGGGCCAUCGCCUUCAAGACAGGCAAGGUGGGGCGCCCCUCCAAGUAUGACGUCCGGGGCAUCCAGAAGCCAGGCCCCGCCAAGGUUCCGCCCACCCCCAGCCUGGCUCCUGCACCCCUCGCCAGUGUGCCCACUGCUCCCAGUGCCCCCGGGCCGGGGCCCGAGCCACCUGCCUCCCUGUCCUUCAAUACUCCCGAGUACCUGAAGUCUACCUUCUCCAAAACAGACUCCAUCACCACGGGGACCGUCUCCACUGUCAAGAACGGAUUGCCCACAGAUAAACCAGCUGUCACCGAAGAUGUAAACAUUUACCAGAAAUAUAUUGCCAGGUUUUCAGGCAGUCAGCACUGUGGCCACAUCCACUGUGCCUACCAGUACCGAGAGCACUACCACUGCCUGGACCCCGAGUGCAACUACCAGAGGUUCACGAGUAAGCAGGACGUGAUCCGGCACUACAACAUGCACAAGAAGCGGGACAACUCCCUGCAGCACGGCUUCAUGCGCUUCAGCCCCCUGGACGACUGCAGCGUCUACUACCACGGCUGCCACCUCAACGGGAAGAGCACCCACUACCACUGCAUGCAGGUGGGCUGCAACAAGGUGUACACGAGCACGUCCGACGUGAUGACCCACGAGAACUUCCACAAGAAGAACACCCAGCUCAUCAACGAUGGCUUCCAGCGCUUCCGAGCCACUGAGGACUGCGGCACGGCGGACUGCCAGUUCUACGGACAGAAGACCACACACUUCCACUGCAGGCGUCCUGGCUGCACGUUCACCUUCAAGAACAAGUGUGACAUCGAGAAGCACAAGAGCUACCACAUCAAGGACGACGCCUACGCCAAGGACGGGUUCAAGAAGUUCUACAAGUACGAGGAGUGCAGGUACGAGGGCUGCGUGUACAGCAAGGCCACCAACCACUUCCACUGCAUCCGCGCCGGCUGCGGCUUCACCUUCACCUCCACCAGCCAGAUGACCUCGCACAAGCGCAAGCACGAGCGCCGCCAUGUCCGCUCCUCGGGCGUGCUGGGGCUGCCACCCUCGCUGCUGGGCRCCAAGGACACGGAGCCUGAGGAGUCCAGCAACGACGACCUGGUGGACUUCUCUGCCCUGAGCAGCAAGAACUCCAGCCUGAGCGCCUCCCCCACCAGCCAACAGUCCUCUGCAUCCCUGGCCACUGCCGCUGCCACCACCGAGGGCACGCCCAGUGCCACCAAGCCUCCUAGCAGCAAGAUCCAGGGGCUGAUGCCCCAGGGCCUGCCAGGCUCCAUCCCCCUGGCACUGGCCCUCUCCAACUCGGGCCUGCCCACCACCGCACCCUACUUCCCCCUUCUUCCUGGUCGUGGGAGCACCUCCCUGCCUGUGGGUGCCCCUGGCCUCCUGGGUGCCAUGUCAUCUGGGGCAGCAGCCUCAGCAACCCCCGACACACCUACCUUGGUGGCUUCGGGAGCUGGAGAUUCGGCCCUGGCGACUGCCACCUCUGUCCCGGUGCCCCCUGCCUCCAUCAUGGAGAGAAUCUCUGCGAGCAAGGGCCUCAUCUCACCCAUGAUGGCCAGAUUGGCCGCAGCUGCCCUCAAGCCCUCUGCCACCUUUGACCCAGGAAGCGGGCAGCAGGCCACCCCUGCCAGGUUCCCUCCAGCCCAGGUAAAGCUGGAGCCGGGUGAGAGCGCUGGCACCCCAGGCCCCCUUGAGGCCUCCCAAGACCGCAGUCUAGACCUGACUGUAAAGGAAUCCAGUAAUGAAUCAAAUGGCCACGCAGCCCCGGCAAAUUCAUCUCUUUUAUCCUCGCUUAUGAAUAAGAUGUCUCAGGGCAACCCCAGCCUCGGCAGCCUGCUAAGCAUCAAGACAGAAGCAGAGGGGAGCCCCGCCGCGGAGUCCUCGCCCUUCCUGGGCAAGGCUGCAAAGGCUGUCGUUCAGGAGAAGCUCUCAGAGCCCUGGAGAGUGUACCUACGAAGGUUUGGUACCAAGGACUUCUGCGACGCCCAGUGUGACUUCCUCCACAAGGCACACUUCCAUUGCGUGGUGGAGGAGUGUGGUGCACUCUUCAGCACCCUGGACGGGGCCAUCAAGCAUGCAAACUUCCACUUCCGGACGGAGGGCGGAACAGUGAAAGGAAGCUCAGAGGCUUCCUUCCCGGCCUCUGUUGCUGAGACCAAACCUUCCUUGGCACCCUCACCCCCUCCGGCACCUCCUGGCACCACAGUCCCGGGGACCUGUCUGGAGGGACCUGCUCCCAGCCCGGCCUCGGUGCCCUCCACCCCCACCCUGCUCGCCUGGAAGCAGCUGGCUUCCACCAUACCCCAGAUGCCUCAGAUUCCCGCAUCAGUGCCUCACCUGCCCGCCUCACCCUUGGCGACGACUUCUCUAGAGAAUGCCAAGCCCCAGGUCAAACCCGGAUUCCUCCAGUUCCAGGAGAACGACCCUUGCCUCGCGACAGACUGCAAGUACGCCAACAAGUUCCACUUCCACUGCCUCUUUGGGAACUGCAAGUAUGUCUGCAAGACCUCYGGCAAGGCUGAGUCUCACUGCCUGGACCACAUCAACCCCAACAACAGCCUGGUGAACGUGCGAGACCAGUUUGCUUACUACUCCCUGCAGUGUCUCUGUCCCAACCAGCACUGUGAGUUCCGGAUGCGUGGACACUACCACUGCCUCCGGACUGGCUGCUACUUCGUCACCAACAUCACCACCAAGCUGCCCUGGCACAUAAAGAAGCAUGAGAAAGCUGAGCGGCGGGCAGCCAACGGAUUCAAAUACUUCACCAAGCGCGAGGAGUGCGGCAGGCUAGGCUGCAAGUACAACCAGGUGAACAGCCACUUCCACUGCAUCCGGGAGGGCUGCCAGUUCUCCUUCCUCCUGAAGCACCAGAUGACCUCCCACGCCCGGAAGCACAUGCGCAGGAUGCUCGGGAAGAACUUUGAUCGAGUGCCCGCCUCCCAGGGCCCCCCAAGCCUGAUGGAUGCUGAGACAGAUGAGGGCAUGGACUACACGGGCUGCAGCCCAGGUGCCGCCUCCUCCGAGUCCUCUACCAUGGAUCGCAGCUGCUCCAGCACCCCUGUGGGCAACGAGAGCACAGCGGCAGGGAACACCAUCUCCAUGCCCACAGCCUCCGGUGCCAAAAAGCGCUUCUGGAUCAUUGAGGACAUGUCGCCCUUCGGCAAGCGGCGGAAGACGGCCUCCUCGCGCAAGAUGCUGGACGAGGGCAUGAUGCUGGAGGGCUUCCGGCGCUUCGACCUCUAUGAGGACUGCAAGGACACGGCCUGCCAGUUCUCGCUCAAGGUCACCCACUACCACUGCACGCGUGAGAACUGCGGCUACAAGUUCUGCGGGCGCACGCACAUGUACAAGCACGCGCAGCACCACGACCGCGUGGACAACCUGGUGCUGGACGACUUCAAGCGCUUCAAGGCCUCGCUCAGCUGCCACUUCGCCGACUGCCCCUUCUCGGGCACCAGCACGCACUUCCACUGCCUGCGCUGCCGCUUCCGCUGCACCGACAGCACCAAGGUCACGGCGCACCGCAAGCACCACGGCAAGCAGGACGUGAUCAGCGCGGCGGGCUUCUGCCAGUUCAGCUCGAGCGCCGACUGCGCGGUGCCGGACUGCAAGUACAAGCUCAAGUGCUCGCACUUCCACUGCACCUACCCGGGCUGCCGCCACACGGUCGUGGGCAUGUCGCAGAUGGACUCGCACAAGCGCAAGCACGAGAAGCAGGAGCGCGGCGAGCCGCCUGCCGCCUCGCCCGGUGCGCCCGUCAGCCUGGACGGCUCGCUCACGCUGGCCGCCGAGCCCGGGGGCUCGCUGCUCUUCCUGCAGACGGCCGCCGCCGGCCUGGGCCUGGCGCUCGGCGACGCCGGCGACCCCGGCCCGCCCGACGCCGCCCCCGCGCCACGGGAGGUCCCCGCCGCCCCCGGCCCGGCCGCGGGCGCCGCCGGGGAGUCCUCGCAGGAGGACGAGGAGGAGGAGCUGGAGCUGCAGGAGGAGGAGGCCGAGGAUGAGGAUGACGAGGACGACGACGACGAGGACGACGACGAGGACGAGGACGAGGAGGACGACGACGACGAGGACCUGCGCACCGACUCGGAGGAGUCGCUGCCCGAGGCGGCGGCCGAGGCGGGCGCGCGGACCCCGGCGCUGGCGGCUCUGGGCGCCCCCGGCCCCGCGCCCGCCGCCGCGUCGCCCUAGCGCGCCUCUUCCCGMGGCGUCACUGUCCCCACUGUCCCCGGCGCGCUUUAAAGAAACGCUGUCUCCAUGUGAAGCCCCUGAACAGAGCCGCUCGCCCGCCCCGCCGGGCGCCCCGCAGGUGCUUCCGGACCCCGAGUCCGUCUCAGGACAGAGGCGGGGACCCCUCUGGUGCUCGGGCCGCCCCGCCCGGAACGCGCAGCUCCGCGGCGGAGGACAGGCCACCCGCCCCCUGCCCGCCGAGCGGGGUCUUCAGGGAACAGCAGGUGCUCGCCCGGGCGCGCGCUGACCGCCGCCAGCUCUUUGCUCAGGACCGGGCGGGCGCUGGAGGCCACUGGGACCCCACCGGCCACCGGGGGCGGGGCCGCCACCUGUAGCGUCUGGCCGGGGGAGCCCCCUUAAUGCAGCUAAGUCUUCCCCGCUUGCCCAGGGGAAGGCGGGCAGCACGGGUGACAGUACAGGGACAUCGAGGAAAUCUGAAGAUAGCAGCAGGCGGGCCCUUCAGUGCGGCUGCCCGGUGCUCCAGGGCCAGGCUGCCGCCCCUGCCCCUGCCCCCGCCCCCCGGCUGCGGUUGUCCCAGCCCCCCACCCCCACCCCGUUAAAAAAAAGAGGCUGUGUCCCAACCCACCCAAAUGGAGCCUUGGGGACUGGGGUAUCAGCCACCCUGGUGGUGCAAACAGGAAGGACGCGGCUGUUUUGGGCUUUAAUAUUCAAAAUGGAAAAAAAUACAAGAAGUUGUACAGUAUUUUUCCUGUAAAGGUUAUUAUUCUACGUAGAGCAAAGGAAAAAAAAAAGACAAGCAAAAGCGGGCGGCGGAGUGCCACACCCCGCGGACCAGCCUGAGCUUGGAGAAGGGGGUGCGACUUCUCCCGCGGGAUGUUUAGCUUUGAUUUUAGAGGCCUUAGCAGUUUGAGGCUGUCCGUCUUCACACUAGCACUGAUGGGAGCUGCGUGAUUCCAACUUUUAACUUGAAUUUUGUAGAGACAAGAAAAAUGGACUAUUACUGUUGACACGAGUUUGUAGUUAAUUUAACAUUGGAGUUUCCCUCUGUUGGUUAUGCGUGUGGCUUUGAGGGCUUCUUGCUUGUUGUCCCAGUUUGUCUUCUUAUUUUGCUCGGGAUGCUUCUAGGCUGGUGCAACCCACCCAGAUUCGGCCCCUUUUCAAACCCCGCCUCCUGGAGGUUCUGAGGCUGUCAGCCCAGUGCAGGGCUAAUGGCAGGCUCACACCUGACCUGGCUGCUGCAGUCCCCAGACGGGGCAGGCUGCCCUCCAGCCUCUGUCCCUCUUCUGCACUUCAGGGCCCCAGGGGGCCUCCGGCUGGGGAGAAAGAACAGGCCCAGCAGGCAUUAGAGGGGUGGGGUAGAGUCUUAUCUCCCUGAAGCCCCCACCCACCCCAAAGGGCUUCAAGGGCAGUGGUUUUCUUUUUCCUGUGUGAGUGUGUGUGUGUGUGUGUGUGUGUGUGUGUGUGUCUCCUCUCAGCUGCCCACAGCUAGAAAGCCAGGACCCCCUGAGCUGGAGAGGGAGCAGGGAGGGAGGAGCAGUCAGACAGUGCACCUGAUUCAACAGGAAGUCAAUUGAUUUCUAAACAGCCCCUACCAGAGCCUCCUGAAUCCUGUGGGCACCACGUGCUGCUGCUGAGCAUUUGCCCAGACUCUGACCUACCACAGGACUCUGUCUAAGGAGUUUUGUAAA